AUGCUUCUAUUAGUGUAUAUAAUUGUUUUGCAUGGCAAUGAAGACGAUAAUAGUUACAUAGAGAAUAUAGAUUCUGAUGCUGAUGCUGAUGUUGAUCCGAUGAAUAUGUUAACACCAUCAACUUUGGACGAAACAUUGGAUAGUUUCUACGUUGGUGAUACAUAUUUAUGUUCUACUUCACCGAAUAUAUUAACAAAUAGUAUUAUAAGAGAUAAUAUUUGUGAAUUUCAAUUAAAUUCAGAAGUAACCAAUUAUGCUAGUGGACGAUUAUUGAUUGGAGAGUUAAACGAAAAAAGACGUAUUAUCAGUGUUGAACUUAUCCCUUAUGACAUUAAUGGAAAUAAUGUCCUUGAUGAACUUAAUAAUCCGAUACGCUAUAUAUCCAGUGCUCAUAAUUUUGGACAUCUUCUGGAUUUAAUGCAUCCAGAAUAUGAAUUUGCUUAUAUGAAAUGUUAUUUAACAUUGCUACCAAAUUCUAAUUUUGUUCUGAAAGAUCUUUUUUUUCAUUUUACCAGUCAUCCAUUAAUGCCAUCUAAUGAGGUUUCUAAAGGAAUAAUAACGGGUGAAAGUUCAUUUUCAAUUGAUUCAAUCAGUCAAACUUAUCAUGUGUCAGUACAAUGUCCUUUGGGUUAUAUUUGUAACUGGUUAUUAGAUAACCAAACCAUGGAUGAACAACCAGACACUGAUUUCACGUUUAUUCUUCAUGAAAGACAUGUGGGUUAUCGAACUCUAUCUUACGUUGCAUUUUGUGGAAGUAUACGGCAAACUUUAGCAUCACUUGAUUUGAUUAUUUUACCAAGAAAUAUUAGUUCAGCUGAAUCAAGAUUGUCUACAACACCAACAACAACAACAAUGAUAACAACAUCACCACCACACCCACCAUCAGGAUCACCACCACCAUCAGGACCACCACCACCAUCAGGAUCACCACACCCACCAUCAGGAUCACCACACCCACCAUCAGGAUCACCACCACCAUCAGGACCACCACCACCACCAUCAGGAUCACCACACCCACCAUCAGGAUCACCACACCCACCAUCAGGAUCACCACCACCAUCAGGAUCACCACCACCACCAUCAGGAUCACCACACCCACCAUCAGGAUCACCACACCCACCAUCAGGAUCACCACCACCAUCAGGANUUGCAUUUCGUGGAAGUAUACGGCAAACUUUAGCAUCACUUGAUUUGAUUAUUUUACCAAGAAAUAUUAGUUCAGGUGAGACCACACUUAAAUCUACUCUUCACAUUUCGACAUAUUGUAAUCAACUUGAAUUCGUCAAAGUCAAUCUUGAAUGA